UUUGAAUCCUGUCUACCGCGCGUUGGCGGAAUCGGCAAUGUUGGCGCGUUUCCAAAACUACGUAGUGUUAUGACUUCUGUGGAGUUAAAGGCAAAAGCGAACAGCGAAUCUAUUGAUAGUUGUCUUUCGAAAAUUCCUAGGAUCCCAUCCGUUGUUUCCCAGAUGGAAAACAAGAUGACAAACCCAAGUCUAUAUGGGUUGAAGCAGUUAACUGUGAUACUUCUUGUCCCGUACAAAUCACGUAUACGGAUGAAAAAGCUAUUGGAAGCGGUUCUUUUGGUGUUGUUUACAUUGCUACUUUGUCUGACGAUCGCAAAGUUGCAAUUAAAAAGGUUCUGCAAGAUAAGCGGUAUAAAAACCGUGAAUUACAGAUACUUCGAAAACUUAAGCACUGCAAUAUUGUUUCUCUGUAUUAUUACUUUUAUUCAACAUCAUCGUCAAAACCAAAUGAAACUUACUUAAAUUUAAUACAAGAAUACAUUCCUCAAACAUUGAGUCGCCUUAUCAAACACUACUGGCGUAUUCGGCAGAUAAUUCCACUUGUAUAUGUUAAGUUGUAUAGCUUUCAACUUCUACGUGGAUUGGCCUACAUUCACAAUCAAGGUGUAUGUCAUCGAGAUAUAAAGCCUCAAAAUCUAUUAAUUCAUCCAGAUCAAGGUUUAUUGAAAAUUUGCGAUUUUGGGAGUGCUAAGAUGUUAAAUCCUGAUGAACCAAAUGUUUCGUAUAUCUGUUCAAGGUAUUAUCGUGCACCAGAGCUAAUAUUUGGCGCUACUCAUUAUACUGUACAAAUAGAUAUGUGGUCAGCUGGUUGUGUUAUUGGUGAGCUUUUACUAGGUCGACCACUUUUUCCAGGCGAAUCAGGAGUUGAUCAAUUAGUUGAAAUUAUCAAAGUUCUUGGUACUCCAACGCGUGAACAAAUCCAUGAAAUGAAUCCUCAUUAUAGUGAAUUCAAAUUUCCAAAUAUUCAAGGAUGUUCAUGGGAAAAACUUAUUCGUAAUCGAAGUACCAAUACAGCAGCAUUCUAUGUACUUGGAAAAUUGUUAGUUUACAGUCCCAAAACUCGUAUGACUGCUUGUAAUAUUUUGAGUUGCUGUUUUUUUAAUGAUCUUAUCUUGCCACCACCUGGUCAUUCAAUCGAUGCAACAGGUUAUUUACCUAGUGGUAAACCGGCGCCGAAUUUUUUGAAUCAAUUUACGGAACAAGAAUUAUCAUAUCUUCCAAAAGAGAUGACUACUCGAUUACGAGCAUUAAGAGCUUCAAAAAGUCAAUCUGUUGUAAAUCUUUCAACAUUGGAGAAAUGUGAAUCAAAUAUUUGUAAGAAAAAUAAUUUAUCCACACCAGCAUCAUCAUCUAUACCAAAGUCGGAACGAGUAAAACUUCGUAACUCUAAAACAUCACAUGAAAACUUAAUAACUCCACGUUCAUCUUUACAAUUGCCUAAAGGAAUUAAAAAAGAUCAAAGAUCAUCUGUUAGUAGUAUAUUUACUUGUCGAACUGGAGUUAUAAAUCAAACAAAUUCUGUUCAUCAUAAUCUUUUUCCUAAUAUGAUUUCAUCAGUGAAUGAAAGUCGAUCUAAUCAAUAUGCUAGACGUCCAUCACAAGAUUCUAUGUUAGACAAUUUAAAAACGAAUUCUUCAAAGAUAUUUCAACAAUCACAUUUAUCUUUUUCAACAAAUCAAGUUACAAGUAUUGAUCCUAAAAUUAAUGAUGAAAAAUGUCCAAGUAAUAAUACUAAUACUAUACAUGAAGAUUCCUUUCAAUCAAACUGUACUUCUUAGCAACAAAAAACCAUUCAAAUAAAUGAACCAUGAUACUACUGAAUUACUAUCAUCUUAUUUAUACAUUGUGUAUGUAUAUGAAUAAAUGAAAGAAUGUUUAUCUGGCAAUGUUAUAUACUUUACUAUGCUAUCCAUUUCAAUCAACGGUCACAUCAUAAUGUACUUUUCUCAAAUAGAAUAUCAUUUACUAACAUUUAUUCUCUUAUGUAUAUCCACCUCAGUUUUACAUUUGUAAUAAAUAAUUAAUGUAUUUUGUUACAUAAUCUUCCUACACUAUUUCACCUUUUUUUCUCCCUUUCAUCGUUUCAACUGUAUACAACAUAUUGCUAUUAUCUAUUCUGCAUAUUGUCUCUCUAUCCAGUGAAUCUUUUUUCCCUGUCAUUACACAAUCACUUUUUUUGUUUUACCUUCUCAACAAUUUGUUUGUCUGUUCUUUUUUGUCUCCUUGACUGAUCUUGUUUCAAUUUCUGUCAUCACGAAAACAACGUUAAACUAGAUCUGUUUAAUUACAAUAUUGACAGUGAUAAUUUUUCCUUCUUUUUUUGGUUGUUAUUAUUGUUGUUGUCUAUUUGUUCAACAUGUAAUAAUUGGUCAACUAAUGAGAAGUUGUCUAUUUUCCUCUCUUCUGUUGUGUAUGUAUGUAUGUAUGUAUGUGUGUGUAUCUUAAUUUGUAUAGAUGUGUAUAGUUCCAUCGGACAACAAUUUGUACUAUUUUCAACAUGACAACAAUAUACUACUAUUUUCUUCAUAUUUAGUAAUAACGCACAAUUAGUUAGUUAGUUAGUUAGUAGUAGUACCUCAUGAUGUUGAAACAAUAUUAUCAUCAUUGAAUUCAUCCGAAAAUGAAACUUUAGAUAAUGUACAAAAAUUCCAUUGUAAAAUUCAUUUUGACUUUCAUUUUUGUUGUAUCUUAUUCUCUCUUCAAAUUGUCUAUUCUAUUUCUUUCUAUGAUUAUCAUACAUUAUCUCAUGGACAAUGGGUUAUUUCAUCAUUCUUUAUCCUAAUAUCAAUAUUUCUUCACUCUAUUAUUUAUUAUUCUUAUUCAAUUUUUCAUAGUGCAAUUAUCAUUUUUCUUUCAUUCAUUAUAUAUAUAUGUGUGUGUGAGAGAGAGAGAGAGGGAGAUAGAUCAUUUAAUGAUUAACUUAACUCUUGACAACAAAAAAGAGAUUUUUCCAUCUUUGUUCAAAGUAGUUGAAGGGUCCAUAUAAUAAAACAAUGAUCUGGGAACUAUAUAAAAGAAAUUCCGGAAAUAUGUAUAGAAAGGGAAGGUAAUUGAGUUGAAGGAUUACUCUAAACAAUGUAACAACUUGUUACUUUUUGGAUUUCGCUUGUUUGCCAUGCCGAUGUCACCAUAAAAUCUGAUGUUCCACCGUAAAGUGUUACAGAACUUUCGAAAAUCUCACAUGUUCAUCUUGCUAGAAAUCUGUAGUGACUUCUAAAAUGCAUUGUUAUGUCUUAGUGAAGAUAAAAUUACGGGUAACUUCUGAGAACUAUUGAUGGACUAAUAUUAUACAUAUGUAUAUAUUCCUAUUGUAUAUCUGUAUUCUUAUUAUAAGCUUUAUUUUCACGUAUAUACUAUGAUGAUACAAUUUACUAUUCCUAAGUUGUCCUCAGUUUAUUAAUUACCGUCUCCCACGUUCACAGCCACUUUUUGGCUUGAUCUUGUAUAAAUGUUACUUCCUAUUUUAUGGUAUAAUAAUGCGGUCUGUUUGGCUACUAUAUAAACCAAGUAUGUUUGAAAUAUAUGAUUGAUAUGGCGGAGGUUGAGAUUAGUGUCCUGGACUUAACAGGCAGGGUUAGGCAGUAAGCAGGACCGAUAAGGACUCUAGACUGUUCGUAUUUGUCCCAUGAGUCAUUGGUCCGGUUGAUAAUUCACUGUCUGAAAUAAAUGAUUCACACAGUGGAAGUUGUUAUUGACGUUCUGGACUCGACUGGAAGGGCUAGGGAUACAAAGGACAAAUAGGGACGCUAGGCUGCUCAUACCAGUCGAACGUCAUUGGUUUGACACAGUACUAAGAUUGAAUAAGUCGUAUUUCGAUUGGCGAAUAAAUCACGUGAUAAUUAGCCGAGCUUAAAGAUACAACACAUUCAAUAAAUGUCUUGUGACACUUUUCGUUUCACAAUUUAUAAUUCUGUCGAUAGUACUUGCGUCCUAGAAUUGAAUAUAUGUAUCUCGUACAUUGUGUACGAUAACUUAAACUGACAAACA